AUGUUGACAAAUGAACUUGUUCUAGUGAAACAAAAUUUUUCCGGAGUUGAAUUGACACGAUUUCAAAGAGAUAGUCUUGAGAGGUGUCUCCACGCAGAUCCGUCGUUGCGGUACCAAUCUGCUGCUUCCGCCCUUUCAGAUUUGAAUACCAGGGGGCUUGUUGUCAAAAGAGAUGUUGUUGAAAUUAUGCUUGAUACUCUUGAGUACUAUUCUCGCGACCUGGAACGGCAAAUAGCUGCUAAAAAGGUUGAAUAUGAAAGAGAGCGUCAAAGAGCUGACGAUAUAAACUUUAUACUGUUGCCAGCUCAAAUAGUUGAAAACAUGAAGUACGGAGACUCUACCAAUACUUUUGCUAGACAUCAUGAAAAUGUUUCUCUCUAUUUCUCUGACAUUUGCGGCUUUACUUCUCUUGGAAAAAGAAGCACGCCAACUCAGGUGAUGCAAAUGAUCGGGAAACUCUUCAAACUCUUCGAUGAGACGAUUGCUGAAUUCAACUGCCAAAAAAUCGAAACUAUUGGCGACGCUUACUUUGCUGUCUCAGGAUGUCCCGCGGAAUACGAGUUUCAUGCCUCGGAAAUCGCCCAAUUCGCGCUGUCAAUUCGAAACCGCUACAUUUGCGACUUCGAAAUUCCUCAUUUACCCAAUGAUCGAUUCCAAAUGAGAAUCGGACUUCACACUGGACCGGUCACAUCUGCGGUUGUUGGCAAAAUCAUGCCAAAGUGGUGUCUUUUCGGGGAAAAUGUGAAAAUUGUGGAGAACUGCGAGACUUACGGGGUACCGGAUCAAAUUCAUCUUACCCAGGCCAUCGCGGAUAUCCUUGCAAAAGCAAAAAGCCAAACUGGACUCUUUUCCAACGAAAAAGCCCGCUUCACCAUCCGAGAACGAGAAAUCACUGGAAAAGGUUUCGCAAAAGCAGUCAAGGCUCGUGAGAUUCUUGGCGGAAAAACUUUCUUCUUGAUAAAGGAUAAUUUUUCUCGAGGAAAAAGCUACAAAAGAACACACACAAAUUCCGCCUCUUCUUCUGGAGGUCGUAAAACACGGAGAAGUUCCGUUUUCAGUAUCGGGGCUAGAGUAACAGGAAGAAUUACUGGCAGAGUUUCCGAUAAACGCCUGUCACGAAUGUCCAACAGGAGAGCUUCAGACGCGAGGCUUCCCACUUACAGAGCAACUGCCGAUUCCGUUGGAGACAUUUUUGAGGAUGAUUUCAGAAUGGUGGAGUGUGACUGCAUAGAGAAAGUUGGAUAUCUAGCGCUGGGUUUCUUCGCAUUGAAGAUAGCUUCGUGGGUUUUGUCGAGAUUGUGGGUUUUUGGUCUCUCAAAGCCGGUUGAUUUCGGAAAGUUUGGAGAUUGGACGGUUAUUACUGGCGGAACAGAUGGUAUUGGGGCCGAAUACGCUCGUCAGCUUGCGAAAGCAGGUCAAAAUAUCAUCAUCGUCGGACGAAAUCAAAUGAAGCUUGAAAACAUGGAGAAAGAAAUUACUGAAGCAACUUCCGCGAAAGUAGUGCUCGUUCGCGCUGAUUUAUCUAAACAAGACGAGACGGCAAAAGCUGCCGAUAAACUGAAAGAACUCGCGAGAGAAAAGCAAAUCGGCGUAUUGGUGAACAACGCGGGGGUGAGCUACGACUUUCCGGAAUUCUUUCAUAUGAUUCCGAAUUCGGCGGAGAAAUUGGAUCAAUUAGUCAACGUCAAUUGCGCAUCGAUGGUCCAGGCAACUGCCGCCGUUAUUGGUCCCAUGUCCGAGCGAAAAACAGGACUUGUGAUCAACAUUGGCUCUGGAACUGGCGAUUUGGUUUGCCCAUUGCUCUCGCUCUACGCUUCCACGAAAGCUUACGUUCACCAUUUUACCAAGUGCCUUCGAUAUGAAUACGAAGAUCACGGAAUUCAAGUCCAGCUCAUUUCUCCUCACCUCGUGUCUUCCAAAAUGUCCAAAGUCAGAGCAGGCCUUCUUCAGCCCUCUCCAAAGAAAUUCGUCCAAAGCGCCCUUGCUUCCGCCACCCGACUCGAGAGCACAUGCGGGUACUUCUUCCACGAUUUGCAGCACGCUUUUGUCACCAACAUUCCAGCCUUUCUUCAAAACAAGCUUUUAUUUUCAAUGCACGAAAAAGUGCGCAAACGAGCCUACCGAAAGAUGAAAACGAACUAA